CUUCUUCCAUAUACUUAAGCUCAGUUUAGAAUAGCAUUUCUUCAUUUUUCUUUUAGCAUGUUUAGUCUCCAAAUGAGGAGCUAAACUUCCAAUUCUUGGUUUUGCUCUUGAAGCUUGUUGAUUAUUAAAGUUGUGAGUUAUUUUCUUACUUUCUCCUCUUGAUUAUUAAUUCUUCCCUUAAUCUCAUUCUAUAUUAAUGUUGGAGGGUGGCUAAGUGACGAUUAGUUAACGUUCCGACAUUGAUUAUUACUAGAAACGAUCAACGAACCGAUGGUUAAACGUUGAUAGUUUCACAAGUAAGUAACUUCGGUUUAUUAAUGCACGGUCGUGGUUAAUAAACUUAAGAGGGAUUAAUUUUGUUGGUUAAACCGAAACCGUUGUGUUGAGGUUAUCAAUCUCAAUUGAUUUCAUCAAGGAGUUAAAGAGGUUAAAUGCUACUAUUAAAUCGGUAUACGGCGUUGUUCUAUAUUUGGUUAAUAGUAUGGGUUAUUAAUGAACGGUCGUUGUUAAUAACUACCCUCGAUGAAUUGGAUAUACUCCUCGAUUGAGUAUUCGAGAGGGGAUAAGUUAUAGAUAUAACAAUGAUCGACUAAAAUAUAUCAACAAGUGGAAAGUAGCAAGACCAAGUCCCUUUAUUCUUGAAUUUAAUCCCAUAUAACUCGUUCAUCUUCGUGUUUAAUUUAAUUAAAUCACUCAACAAUCAAAACCCCCCUUUAUUUAUUAUUUACAUAAAAAGAAAGUUAUUCCUUUCCCUGUGGAUACGAACUCUACUACGCUAUACUACGUAUAAGUAUUAGUAUUGAAUUUAUUUUGACGCACCGUGACAAAGUGCACGUCAAAUUUGGCGCCGUUGCCGGGGAGAGGCAAUUAUUUUUCUUUUUAUUUUUUCUCAUAAAAAUAAAAAACAAAAAAAACAAAAAAAAAAUUACUCUUCUAUUUUCUGAGCUUACAUGAGUUAUGAGUGUAUGGAUACAGGAUACCAACAUUUCAUCCUUAGAGAGUCAAAUUUCCUUUUUGACUUCUCUAAUAAAUGAAUUUAUCUUAAGCUCAAAAACUCAAGAUGCCAAGACAUGCAACAUUUGCAUGUCUCAUAGGCAUCUAACAGAUUUCUCCCCAAAGCUCCAAGAUGAAUACCUUGAACAAAUUGAUGAGGUUGGUUACGAAAAGGAUGUACCUCACAUGAGGUAUGAUCCGUUCUCCAACUCUAACAUGUCUACGGAGGAUAUGGUCCGGGCUAUUGCUACCAACAUGACCACCAUGCAAAACAAUAUGGUGCAAUUCCAAAAUGAGACCAAGUCUAGCAUUUUAAACUUGGAAACUCAAAUAAGUCAAAUAGCCGGAGUCGUGAGUAGGCUUGAAGCAAGGGAUUCGGAAAAACUUUCUUCUCAAAUAGAAUGUGAUCCUAAACAGCAAACUUUUGCAAUCACAUUGACAAAUGAAAAGGAAAUGCAAAAGGAGAUCCAGAAUCCAGAAGAAGUAGAAGAAGUAAAAGAUACGGAGCUCCAACUGGUCAAAGAAGAGGAUAAGCCGAGCUUCAAAUUCAAAUUUUUGUCAUUGUCAUCCUUAGAGGUAUCUCCAUCAUUUCUGGAAGCUUUAAGAGAAACUCAUAAACUUGAAAAGGACAAUGACAUUUCCGAAAUCUUCUUCAAAAUUGAGGGGUCGAAAAAAAUUUCAUUGACCAUGCUAAACGUUAGUUUCUUCCCCUCCCUCCCACGUGAAUCAAUGAAAAUUUGGAUAUUUGAUCCUGAAAAGAUUUUCAAAGUGAAGAGUCGGAAAAUUGAGCAUUCCUAUGUAAGUCCUAGGAGUGAAAAUGUGAAGAAGAUGAAUUAUUACCAUCCAAGCUUGAACGAUUGAACACAAUGAUGGCGUCGUGCCGCGACGUUAAACGAGGCGCUUCUUGGGAGGCAACCCAUGCAAGAUGUGUUUACUUGUUUCAUUUUAUUUUUGCACUUUUCAAAAAAAAAUGAAAAAAAUGAAAAAUGAAGGUCUGGGGCAUAUACCCGGCCGGGCAUCUCAUUUAAUCCGGUCGGGUAUAGGGUAAAAAUGUGAUACCCGCCCCAUCACCCGGGCGAGGCAGGCCACGAAAAACAAAAAAAUAAAUCCCACCCGACCGGGUACCUCAUUACACCCAACCGGGCGUGACCACAAAAAAAACUAUUGCCACCCCUGGGUGAAACACCCGACCGGGUACACUACCCCACCCGGCCGGGUAUCUCGAGUUUUUGGAAACCAGACCAUUCUUCAAAAAAAAAAAAAAGAAUCACCCCAUUCUUCUUCCCAAAAUUCGAACCCAAAAAUCUCCAUAGUUACAAUUUCACACCUCAACCAUCCACCAAAUCCACAAACUAAACACAUACUCUUCUUAUUCUCUCCACUUUUUUUCAUUUCUUUACCAACAAAACCCACCAAAUUACCCAAAAUCCGAAUUCCCUAACUCCACCUACACCAAGUCAGAAUUUUGCUCAACCAACAAAGAAAGAAAUGGCACCACAAAAAGGGUUCAUCUUCUAUGACGUCUUGAAGAUGAGCACUAGGGACAGUGCUUUGGCUAGCUUGGGGGGAGAGUUUUAUGGACUACUCGCAUUCAUACUCUUUAUUCUUGUUAAAAAAAAUGUUCAAAAAAAAAAGAAUAAAAAGCUUGUUAAGUUGAAAACCUGAAAAGGCAACUUAAGCAAAAAUAAAACAAAAAUAAGAGUGAGUUGUGAGGAUUAAAACAGAAAAAUGUGGGAAGCUGGGAUGAAAACCCGAAAGGGCACCUAGGCAAAAUGAGAGAAUGAGAGAAAGUAUUUUCUUUUAUUUCUGCAGGAUCCUAAGGGUAACGUUAAAAAAAAAUGAGGUUGAUGAGAAAUAUGGAGUUGAAGACCCCUCUUUACUCUUAUAUUUUUGGGGAUAAAUUUUGUGUUGUCCUAAAAACACUCUUGGAUGUUUGUGUGGAUACUCUUGUCAUUUUAAGGACUUCUUGGGCUAGAUUUGUUUUACUCGAGACGAGUAAAGGUUCAAGUGUGGGGGUGUUUGAUAUGCACUAAUUAGUAGUGCAUAAGUGUAUGUUUUUAUGUUUGAUUUGUGUAUAUUAUUUAUCGUUUUAUUUAGUUUGUAAAUAUUUGUGUGAUUUUAGUUGUAAUUAUAUUUUAAUCUUCAUUUAUAAGUUGUAAAGUAGAUUUAGGAUUUAUGGUGUUGGAAAAGAUGACUUUGAAGAGAAGAAAGCAAGAAAUUUGACUGCCCAGGAGCAAAACCCGACCGGGUAGAAAUCCCCACCCGGUCGGGUAAGAUUUAACAACCGAAGAAUCAAGGAAAGUGCCAGACCCGGUCGGGUCCCCUACUUGACCCGGUCGGGUCAGAUGUGACCCGGAACACCAGAACAUGCCGCAGAUCGCCAGAAUGUGGAAAAUAUCUGAUUUUGACCAAACCCAGUCGGGUCAACUAGGGGACCCGGUCGGGUCUGACUUGACCCGGGACAUUUGAACAUGCAGGUGAAGAUUUGGCAAAGAUAUGCCUUUUACCUGGUCGGGUUUCUCAAAAACCCGGUCGGGUAAAUGGCCCUGGCAGCUCCAAACACCUAUAAAUACACCUCAUUUCCUUCCCAUUUAUUCAUCCCUUCUUCCAUAUACUUAAGCUCAGUUUAGAAUAGCAUUUCUUCAUUUUUCUUUUAGCAUGUUUAGUCUCCAAAUGAGGAGCUAAACUUCCAAUUCUUGGUUUUGCUCUUGAAGCUUGUUGAUUAUUAAAGUUGUGAGUUAUUUUCUUACUUUCUCCUCUUGAUUAUUAAUUCUUCCCUUAAUCUCAUUCUAUAUUAAUGUUGGAGGGUGGCUAAGUGACGAUUAGUUAACGUUCCGACAUUGAUUAUUACUAGAAACGAUCAACGAACCGAUGGUUAAACGUUGAUAGUUUCACAAGUAAGUAACUUCGGUUUAUUAAUGCACGGUCGUGGUUAAUAAACUUAAGAGGGAUUAAUUUUGUUGGUUAAACCGAAACCGUUGUGUUGAGGUUAUCAAUCUCAAUUGAUUUCAUCAAGGAGUUAAAGAGGUUAAAUGCUACUAUUAAAUCGGUAUACGGCGUUGUUCUAUAUUUGGUUAAUAGUAU